GGCACACCCCCUCCCCCUCGGCACUAGCGGGGAGGCGGCUCCGCUCUCCACAACAGCGGCGCCCCGGGAGCUGAACGCCGUCCCCCGGGAUCGCGGUGCCAGAGGCGGGGUUCGGGGCGUCCCCUGGCGGGGCUAGAGGAGCGGGGCCGGGCGCCGCACCAUGCUGCCCCCGCUCUCCCCGCGCCCGUCCGCCUAAGGGCAGGGAGCCCGCGCCAGCUCCCCGUGCUGCCAUGCUGCCGGCGCUCCGCUAGGCGAGCCCGGCUCCAGCAGCGGCUCGGGACCUGACGGGCGGGGAUCGUUGCGCCUCACCCCGGGCGGCGGCACCAUGAGGAACGGCGAGGAGCUGGAAGGCUUCGAUGGCGAAGCGUCCAGCACCUCCAUGAUCUCCGGGGCCAGCAGCCCCUACCAGCCCACCACCGAGCCCGUCGGCCAGCGCCACGGGCUGGGCGGCCUCCGCUGCGACCUGGACUAUCUGCGGGGCGCUCUCGGCAAGAUCAAGAUCACCGAAGUGGUUUUGGCACUGAUUGCAUUCAUCUGCAUAGAGACCAUCAUGGAAUGCUCCCCUUGCGAAGGCCUUUAUUUCUUUGAGUUUGUGAGCUGUAGUGCAUUUGUAGUUACUGGAGCUUUAUUGCUUAUGUUCAGUCUAAAUCUUCACACAAGAAUACCACAGAUCAACUGGAAUCUUACAGAUCUUGUCAACACUGGACUCAGCACUUUCUUCUUUUUCAUUGCAUCUGUAGUACUUGCUGCUUUGAACCAUAAAACUGGAGCAGAAAUUGCUGCUGUGAUAUUUGGUUUCUUGGCGAUGAUAGUGUAUGCUGUGAAUAUGUAUUUAGCUGUUAAAAAAUGGCGAAUGAACAGCAGACAGCAGAACAGCCGGCAGACAAGUGAUUACAUUCGUGCUCGGACAGAAUCAAGAGAAGUAGAUCACCACCCUGAGAUUCAGCGUCUGGAUGCGUGAAAACUACAGCUGAGUGGGACUGGAAAGAGAGGAUAGAAAACAGCAACUUUGUAUUUUGUUUCAUCAAGUGAAGUUUAUAUAGUUUGAAGUUUUCAUUUUUUAGGAAGAGUCUUGGCAGAGAUAAGCUGACCAUUUAUAUGUACAGAGAGAGAUGUUGAUCUACAUUUAUUCAGAAGCUAUUGGCUUGGAGGCUAUAAUUAUUGGCCAUUCAAAAGUACGAUCUAUAUACAAUGAUUACAUAUAUAUCUGAUGUAUGUUAAUAUUUUAGAUUAAACACCUGUAUAGUACUUCUUUCCAGGUACCAGCUCUAGAGAAACUUGCGCACUCUGCCACUAUUUCAUCACCCAGUAGGAAUGUUAUGAUCAACACUAUAUCGUUCUGUUAAAAGAAAGAAAUAUUCCAAAACUUAAGUACAUUUUAUUGCAUAUGAAAAGAAAGUGAGGGACAAAUAGCAAUAACAUAAGCCAGUUUGAGCGUACACCAACACUUUAUACACUUCCUCAUGCAGCUUUGCCAAUGCAAUUCACUUCUCACCUGCAAGACCUCCCACAGUUCCAUCCUUGGUGCAUCUUGUAGCUGACACAGGCAAUCACGUCAGAUAUUUGGGCUGGUGGAUUGGUGAUAUGGACAGAUACACUAUGGACUAUCCUAAAACCACCAAACUCAUUUAAUGUAUGACCUCAACCAGAUUUUGAAUUGGGGCUCCUACAUGUGAAAGACUAUCACUUUUUCACCUGCUGCACAGUCAACACAACCCAUCCAACACUAGUAUGUAGGUAUCUGCUCGUGUUUGAAUGUGUAUUACAUGAUUUUAAUUCAUGAAAUACUUUUGGGGGGUUGUCAAGUAAUAGACUCUACAUCCCAAUCAAGGUUCAUUUUUUAUUUCGAGGUUCAGUCAUCUGGGAAUUUUAAGGAAAUCAGGAGCCACCAAAAAUGCAUGAUGUAUAUAUUGUAGGAUAUUCCAAGACACUGACGUGUUUUGUGUAGGAUAAAUACAUUUUAUGGCAUAUUCUGGUUUUAGAUUGGUGGUUCUGUUAAAUUAAAAUUGGUUGGUAGUAGGUAAAAUAAUUUGGUUUAAUGCCUAAAUUGGGCAUAGCUAUAAAACAUUUUUAUAAUGUUCCUUUGAAGCUCAUUUUAGGUAACGAGGACAGA